AUGCGAUGGUUUGUGAGACUAUUGUUGUUACAUUCCUUGGUGAGUCUGAGCCUAGGAGACCACGAGGCGGUCUCAGAAUACGUUCCUACUACCGAUGGCAGCACGUUCGACGGCUAUGCGGAUUACGCACCACCCGGCCUACCGAGUGGGCCUCCCACAUUGCCAACGUCUCCGCAGGUGCCAGGAUCUGCCGGGAUACCAGAGGGUUAUAUGCUUGUAUACGCUGAUCCCAACAACCCUGGGUAUUACAACCCUGCUGGAUCAGGGGGCCCCACAGCGUACGUACCAGUAGGACAGAGUCCCAGUUAUCCUGGGUAUCCAGGGUAUCCUCCACAAGUUCAAACUUCACCAGUGGUAACAGUACCGCAAACCAAUGGUUAUCCCGCUGUUGUCCAACCAGGACAAACUCAAACAGUGUACGCGGCCCCGCAGGUCCCGGGGUACCCGGCUUAUGUUCAGACGGGACAGGGCUCGCCAGUAGCAGUUGUGCCACAAACCCCUGGGUACCCAGCAGUUAUCCAACCAGGACAGUCUCCGACUAUAUAUGCAGCACCUCAAAUUCCUGGCCAUUCAGCAAAUGCCCAACCGGGACAAACAGUUCCAUUGGUCGCCGCCCCUCAAACUCCAGGCUACCCAGCCUACGUCCAACCGGGCCAAGCUCAGCCUGUGUAUGCGGCCCCACAAACCUCGGGUUUUCCUGCCUAUACACAAACGGGACAAACACCAGCAGUGUACGCUGCGCCACAAACUCCAGUAUAUGGCACACCUGCACAAAAUCCGCCUGGAUAUCCCAACUAUGGGCAACCAGCGCAAAACACGCCAGUUUAUGCCGCACCGCAGACACCAGGGUAUGUUACAUACGUUCAACCGGGACAAACUCCGCAAGGUUAUUCUGCGCAACAGAACCCUACUGCACAGGGACCUGUGUACGCACCCCAGGGUGCUGCCUACGUCCCUUCAUAUAACCCAUCGCCACAGAAUAUACAGGGGCAGUACGCUACUCCCAACAUCCAACUACCAAACCAGCAGCUCCUGGCACCCCAGGGACCAUACCAAGGUCCCAGUAACGGUCAAUACAUCCCUCAGAAUGCAGUACAGGGACAGGCGCAAUACCAGCAGCUACCUGGACCCCAGGGACCGUACCAAAACCCUAAUACCGGACUGUAUGUGCCAGCAAAUGGGGUACAGGGACCGCCUCAAUACCAACAGCUUCCCGGCCCACAGGUAACGUAUCAAAAUCCAAACAGCGGUCAGUAUAUAGCCCCCAACGGCAUGCAAGGAUCUCCGCAAUACCAACAAUAUAACGGACCAAAUGGGCAAGCCCCCUACCAAAAUGGAAAUAAUGGACAAUUUGGACCUCCUAAUGGCAUACAAGGUCCCGCUACCAUUCAAAAUGGCCAACUUGGCCCAACAAACGGACUGAACGGACAACCCCCAUACCAAAAUGGAAAUAAUGGACAAUAUGGCCCUACAAAUGGACUGAACGGGCAGGGCCCGUACCAGAAUGGAAAUAACGGACAGUUUAUUCCCUCUAAUGGCAUACAAGGGCCGGCACCAUACCAAAAUGGUAACAGUGGACAAUAUAUCCCUCCCAACGGGGUGAAUGGACAGGUUCCAAAUCAAAAUGGAAACAAUGGACAAUUCGGCCCUCCCAACGGCAUGAAUGGACAGGCUCCAUAUCAAAAUGGAAACAAUGGACAAUAUAGUCCUCCCAACGGUAUAAAUGGACAAGCUCCAUAUCAAAAUGGAAACAAUGGACAAUACGGCCCUCCCAACGGCANGGACAAUAUGGCCCUCCUAACGGCAUGA